AUGGCCGUGGCCACAUCCCGCGCCGUCGUCCUGCCCGGCGACGCCAUCCCCCAGCACGCCCUGCCCACGGGCACCGGCAAGAAGAAGACGCUCACCCUGGGCCCCGGCCUGCGACACGUCCCGCCCAACACCGUCACCACCACCGUCGCCGGCACCCUCGUCACCGACAACCGCAAGAACGCCGCCCUGGUCGAGUACAACAGCGGCCGGUACACGCCCUUCGCCGGCGACCUCGUCAUAGCCACCGUCAACGGCUCCGCCGCAGAGAACUUCAACUGCCUGCUCACCCCCGAGACCCCUCCCGCCGCCCUCCCCCACCUCGCCUUCGAGGGCGCCACCAAGAAGACCCGCCCCCAGCUGCCCCCCAACUCGCUCGUCUACUGCCGCGUCGCCGCCGCCGGCAAGGACCAGCCGCCCGAGCUCACCUGCGUCGACCCCUCGACAGGCAAGGGCGAGGGCCUGGGCCCCCUCAAGGGCGGCAUGCUGUUCAAGAUCAGCCUGGGCAUGGCCCGGCGCAUGCUGGCCCCCAAGAGCGAGCUGGCCCUGCUCGACGUCGUGGGCGCCCAAGUCGGCUUCGACAUCGCCGUCGGGAGGAACGGCCUGGUGCAUGUCGACGGCGGGAACGUGAAGACCACCUUGGCCGUCGGCAGGGGCAUCCAGGAGGUGGACCAGAAGGCGCUCGGUGAGAGUGCCCAGCGCAAGCUCGCGGCUGACAUCCUGAAGAGCCUCUGA